CCAAACUAAAACGUUAUUCCCUCAAAUAACCCAAGAAAAGGGACAACAAAACUAGCGUCGAAGAGAUUCGAGAUCCUCCGACGGCACCACCGCAGAAACAACCACGAUGGAUCUGGAGACGGAAAACAGAUUAGCUGCUAUGCUUAUGCGGGAAGCGGCUGAGUUACGGAGACAGUCUGAGAAAGAUGGUGUUCUGGCGUAUCUUCAAAAGCCUAAUGUAAGGAGUCGGCCAAAUUCGCGGUUCCUCACUGCUACUGUACGCGGAGUACAACAAGCAAAUCGAGCUGUGGAAGUAAAUGAAAUGUGGCGAGCGCGCGAGAAAGAAUUGGAGCUAGAUAAACGGGCUUCAGGCACGUCAUCAAAAGAUAGAAGUAGUGAUGACAAAAGAUAUAGGGAUCAUAACUUAUCGAGAAGUGCAGAAAGACACGAUGGGGCUGAUAAAAGCAGUGGCGCCUUGGCUUCAUGCUCGACUAAAAAAGAACGCGAGCAUACUCCUGAAGGUUUAAAGGAUGACGAGCUCGAGGAGUUUCUACAUUCAAGGAAGAAGCGAGGCAGAGGCGCUAUUGGUCCAAGGAUGGAUGAAACUGGGCCUUACCUUCCUCCUAAUCCCGAUGAAGAGCCUUCUACUAGUCCAGAUUUAAGGGAACAUCGUGUCAUUUAUGGUCCGCAGAGGCCUACAUCGUUGAAGUCAUACGAUGAAUCUUCAGAUGACGAGGUUCUUGAAGAAAAGCGAAAAAAGAGUAAAAAGUCGCAUAAAAGUCACUUGGACAAAGGACAUUCUAAGAAACACAGGUCUAAAGAGAAAUCUAAGCAUAAGAAAAAGAAAACCAAGGAGAAAAGAAGUAAACAUCGCCGAUAAAGGCUAUUCUGUAAUCUGAUAUGUUCUCAGAGGUGAUUAUAAUCUGCUGAAACAGUUGAUUUAGAUGAAACUAACAUUUUGGAGUUUGUAUAAAAGUUGUGUAACAUCAAAUGCAAUUCCUGGUAGAGAU